GCUGAAGUUCGAAAAAGAUUUUCCUCUAGGAAGGAAAGGCGGCGGGCAGGCGCUGGAAGUUCCCAGUGAAGUUUCCCCUACUCCUGCGUUAACAUCUCUUCGGCACCAGGUGAAGUCUGUCCUGUUUCCCUGUGCUUUUAAUCACGUGUAGAUGGAGGGGGACAGGCUCACUGUACCCCCUAAUCUGGAGGACCGUUCGCAGCGGAGCAGCAUCUCUUCCACAGGGCCCCGAACCCUGGAUGUCUUGGUGUAUCUAAUCAAUGAUGCUGUGGUGCGGCUGACAGUGGACAACCUGCCUUCGGCCACUGUGCUUGAGUUACAUCGUCUCAUCCGGGAUGCCCUGAGGCUGCCCGAGUAUGCGCUGGAGGUCUUUUCUUUGUGGCUGGUUUCGCCUUUGCUUGAGGUGCAGCUGAAACCCAAGCACCAGCCCUAUAAGGUUUGCCGGCAGUGGCACGACCUUCUCUUCCGAUUCACCAGCUGCUCCGAGGACGAGAUCUUUGAAGAUGAGCCAUCUCUACAGUUGCGCAGGAAUGUCUUUUUCCCAAAAAGAAAGGAGUUGCAGAUCCAGGACGAGGGCGUAUUGCAGCUCUUGUACGAGGAGGCCAAAUACAACAUCCUGGAAGGGAGAUACCCCUGCGACCCAGCAGACUGCGAGAUGCUGGGAGCCUUGGUCUGCCGGCUGAACUUGGGCCCAUAUGAUCCAGGGCAGCACACAGCCUGUUUUCUGAAGGAGAAGUUGGAUUCCUUCUUGCCAUCCCACCUCUGCCGAAGAGGACAUGGGCUCUUUUCAGCCCUGUGGAAACGUGGCACCCGGCCACCUGCCUACGAGCAGGGCCUGCUGCAUGCCUACCAGAUGGUGCCUGAAGAUGGGGCCUGUGAGGAAAAUGCUGCCCUGCACAGACAUUACCGUGCCUACCUGCAGAAAUGCCAUGAACUACCUUACUAUGGCUGUGCUUUUUUCUCUGGGGAAAUAGACAAGCCAUCCCAGGGCUUCUUGCAUAGGGGAGGACGCAAAGCUGUUUCGGUGGCCAUCAGCCUGGAGGGUGUCUAUAUCAUCGACAGCAAGGAGAAGCUGUCUGUCUCUGUCUCUCCCGGGCAGCACGUCUUGCUUGGCUUGCACUUCCAAGAACUGUCGUGGGAUCACACAUUCCCCAGUGAGGAGGAGCACAUUCUGUGGCUGGAGUUCGACGGGGAGAGCGAAGGCACAGCUGUUAACAAGCUGCUGAAGGUCUACUCUAAGCAGGCGGAGCUCAUGAGUGGCCUGAUCGAGUAUUGCAUAGAGCUGAAUGCAGCUGCUGAGGGGGACCUGAUUGACAGUUCGACUCCUCCUCCUGAGCCCCAGAGCCCCCCAGCUCGCAGGCCCCAUCCCAAGCUGCAGCGGCAGAACAGCGUGCUUUGCAGCCGGAUCCAGCACCUCUCCACCAUAGAUUAUGUUGAUGAUGGAAAGGAAAUCCGAAGAGUGAAGCCGCGGCGGACUGUUUCCUUCUUUGGCCGCCAGCUGUCCAACACCGCCACUUCCUACUCCGCUGUGCGGGGUGCUGAGAAUCUGGAACAGGGCUGACCGCCUUUCGGCACUGGGUGUUUGAAGGCAUCACUCUACUUUGUAGGGCUGCAAUUACCAGCCUGUUGGCUCUCUUCUCUGGUCAGAGGGCAGUCUAGAAUACUGUUUUCUUCCUCUCCCCGCCCUCAAACAAGAUAUCUCAUCUGUACUAAGUUAUUUUGUCCAGCAUGACUUGUGCUCUACAUGGAGUCAGAGCAGAGUUAUUUGGGACGUGCCUUGAUCUCCCUUUUGGGACUUCGACUGUUUCUGACUUUGUUCCCAGCACACAGCCGCAGGGCUCUGGAAGUCCAAGCUGCUGUAGGCCAUGAAGUGCCCUUACCCUCACUUUUUGUCUAAGGAUUCAGAACUACGGGCCUGUCUGUGAUUUAUUUUGCAUUCACGUUACUGCUUUUUCUGUUUCAGCGGCCUGGCCCGAAUGCCACUUCAUUUCUAUCCCUGUUUCUUUGCAAGUUUGUUCUUUUGGAGCAAAAAAGAUUCCGAUGGCCCAUCAGGGCCUUUAAAGUAGCUAGAGAGGAAAUUUCCACUGGAGCUGCUGGAGAAAGCAGAGCUUGAAUGUUGCACGUCAAGUUGCCCUACCCUACCUUGCUUCCUCCCAAGAGCCUCUUUUUUUUUAACAGGUUUUCUUAUUUUCAAACACCAAGGACUAUUUUUUUUAGUUACAAACAGCUGUGUGUCUGUUUCCACAGAGGGGAACACUAAAAACACUAUGGAUUCUGGGAUUCCUUCAUUCCAGCUUUAUUUCAAAAAGUGCCUUUUAUACCUUAAGAGAAAUUCAACUAAAACUGACUUUUUGGAAGUGGCUUUCUUUAGGUUCACCACCGUUUGUGUGUGGUGUCACAUAAGGAUGGUGUGAUGUCUAUUGGGAGUGGCCUGUGUGGUAAAGGCUGCUUCUAGAGGCUCCAUGGCAUCUGUACUAAGUUAUUUUGUCCAGCAUGACUUGUGCUCUACAUGGAGUCAGAGCAGAGUUAUUUGGGACGUGCCUUGAUCUCCCUUUUGGGACUUCGACUGUUUCUGACUUUGUUCCCAGCACACAGCCGCAGGGCUCUGGAAGUCCAAGCUGCUGUAGGCCAUGAAGUGCCCUUACCCUCACUUUUUGUCUAAGGAUUCAGAACUACGGGCCUGUCUGUGAUUUAUUUUGCAUUCACGUUACUGCUUUUUCUGUUUCAGCGGCCUGGCCCGAAUGCCACUUCAUUUCUAUCCCUGUUUCUUUGCAAGUUUGUUCUUUUGGAGCAAAAAAGAUUCCGAUGGCCCAUCAGGGCCUUUAAAGUAGCUAGAGAGGAAAUUUCCACUGGAGCUGCUGGAGAAAGCAGAGCUUGAAUGUUGCACGUCAAGUUGCCCUACCCUACCUUGCUUCCUCCCAAGAGCCUCUUUUUUUUUAACAGGUUUUCUUAUUUUCAAACACCAAGGACUAUUUUUUUUAGUUACAAACAGCUGUGUGUCUGUUUCCACAGAGGGGAACACUAAAAACACUAUGGAUUCUGGGAUUCCUUCAUUCCAGCUUUAUUUCAAAAAGUGCCUUUUAUACCUUAAGAGAAAUUCAACUAAAACUGACUUUUUGGAAGUGGCUUUCUUUAGGUUCACCACCGUUUGUGUGUGGUGUCACAUAAGGAUGGUGUGAUGUCUAUUGGGAGUGGCCUGUGUGGUAAAGGCUGCUUCUAGAGGCUCCAUGGCACGCCCACUCCUUCCCCACGUUGGCAUUGACAAAGAAUUGUGUUAAAUGGGUUCAUGUUUCAUCUCAAAGUUCUUGUAUGUUCAAACACAAAUGCUUUCUUCUCUCAGGGUCCCUUGGAGUAGGCCAAAGCAAGCUAAGUUUCUGCUAUGGGUUAAACACCAGUGCGGACACAUAAGGUGCUUAUUUUGGGAGGGGAGAGAGCAUGUCCUCUUGUUUUGUGUGUGGGUAUCUGGGAAGGCAUUGUUGUGUUUGCAGAUGAAGAAAAAAAAUCACCAGAUUGUGGUGUGCAAUCAUUCACCUUCGUGUACUCUCCCCAAUUGGCAGCAUAGGGUACACUUCUCACUAAUCUACACUGCCACCAAAAUGGAUGCAGCUCAAUUCUUUUUGAGAAACCAGCUGCAUUUUAAACAUCUGCUACUAAAAAGUAAAAUUGCCUCAUUUAAAGUGCUGUGUUCACUUCUAUAGGGGAGCUGUGCUUGGGUUUGUUUGCUGGGAAAGGGAGGGUAGGCGUCGGGGAUUUCAGAAUCAGCUGUCUUGGUUCAGCUUCUGUACCCCCUCCCCCCCCCCCAAUUCAGGACUGAAGAGCAUGUUUUGGAGAUUUUUGUGCUGGGUCCAAAACUCAUACUGACUCCAGUAUGUUCCAGUAUCUUUUCACUCAAUUCUCAAGGGUAUCCACUGGUUUGACAAGUGAACCAUUAGGGGAAGAAUAGAGCUUGCUAACAAACACCCACCUUCUAUCCCCUAUUGAACCUCUUCAAGCAAGUGCCUUUUAUUGAAAAGAAAUUGUGCCUUUUUACUCAUCUCUAUUUCCAGAGUGUAUGUACAGUUGCUGACUUUGGACAGGGACUGUUUAUGCAAUAAAGAUAGUGGAAU